AGUGUCUUUUGGUCAACAUGCAAAGCAUGCUGGGAGUAGGGACCACACUGUAUACAAAGGGGAUAUAAAAUCCAGCUCAGUACACAUUCAACCAGAGCAGAGUGACUGUAAUGCAUGAUUGAUCUGAUACUAGAGCGGAAGCAAGCAUGGAAGCCAAUGUGGAGACCCCUUUUGGCAUAGUGCACUGCAAUAUGAAAGGUGUUGCUAAGGGCAACCGACCUGUCAUCCUGACUUACCAUGACAUCGGACUAAACUAUAAGACCUGCUUCAGCAAUCUGUUCGACCAUAAGGACAUGCAGGAAAUCACACAAUAUUUCUCUGUGUGCCAUGUCAAUGCGCCUGGGCAAGAGGAAGAUGCUAGCACUAUCCCCACAGGAUUCACCUAUCCAUCAAUGGACCAGCUCUCUGAGACCAUCCCUCUUGUACUUCAGCAUUUUAACAUUAAAAGCAUUAUUGGAAUGGCAGUCGGGGCUGGAGCCUACAUCCUUGCACAGUUUGCUCUGAUCCACCCUGAACUGGUCGAGGGUCUUGUUUUGAUUAACAUUAAUGCUCAGGCAGAGGACUGGAUGGACUGGGCAUCUCAUAAGAUCUCUGGCUGGACACAUCAUGUUCCUGAUAUGAUCAUCUCCCACCUGUUUGGAAAUGAGGAGAUUCACAAAAACCAUGACCGGAUUGCAGCUUUUCGACAUCACGUCCUGAAACGCAUUAACCAGAGAAACCUUGAGUUGUUUGUCAAGUCCUACAACAGUCGAAGGAAUCUGCAUGUUGAAAGACCACCUCCUGGUGCAAACUUUUGUGUGAGCACCCUGAAGUGCCCGAGUCUUCUGGUGGUAGGAGACAGUUCUCCUGCAGUUGCUGCUGUGGUUGACUUCAAUUCAAGAAUGAAUCCUACAAAAACCACCCUACUUAAGAUGGCUGACUGUGGAGGCCUUCCUCAGGAUGAUCAGCCUGCCAAACUGGCAGAGGCCUUUAAGUACUUCAUUCAAGGAUUGGGAUAUAUGCCUGCAGUUAGGAUGACCCGUCUUUCCUGCUCCCGCACUGUCUCUGGCAGCAGCAGCUUGUCUCAGGAUGCUGUUCAGGGAAACAAUUCCCCCGUAGAGAAGCAGCACAGACACUCUCACAGCAACGUCUCCAUGGACAAUGACUCAGGCAGCAGCGCAGAACUGAGCCUGUUGAGAAGGACACACCCCGAUCAGGUGUCCUGCUGAAGGCCCUGAUGUUAGUGUUGUUAUUUACACACAUCAUUAAUGAAGAACCAGAAGCUGCCAGCUGCUUCAUAGCUGAUUCUAUAGUCUUAGUUUUAUUCUGUGUUUUUUUUUUAAAUGAUGUUUCCAAUUUUGUGUAGAUUGCAGUGUUGAAAGAAGAGAGUGUUUAUAAACGAUUAUGGAUUAUGA